AUGCCGUACCAAUACCUCACCUUCAGCGAUCUAUACGAGGAAGAGGUGCGAUCCUCUGCACCUUCCUCACCCGUCAUGGGUGCAUCUUCGUCGUUAUCCCCCGUCUUCCUGCUGCCUUCUCCAUCACCAUCAUCGUCGCAUGACACCUCGUCGCAUCCUCACCAUGCCUACUUGCAUCCGACGCGAUCGCACUCGCAGCAGCGCCGUCAUCGACACACUCGCGACGUACACGGCCACGCGAUGCUCAAAACGCUGACGCAGGACUCAGACGACGUUGCCCCCGCCGUAUCGUACCCUUCCUCCCGAUCUUCUUCUUCGGCGACUGCGUCGUCGUCGACGCACCUCGACCUGCUCCGCGUGUUCAAGCGCAAACUCUCCAUGUCGUCGUCGUCGAAAAAGCACACAGCACACGCCUCGGACUCGUCCGCCUUGUCCACACCCACUUCAUCCCGACGCUCCUCGUUCACCUCGCACGGCUUUGCCUCGCUGCAUCCCGUCUCCGCAGCGUCGAGCGCAAACACAUCGCCUGCCAUCUCGAGACAGGUUACCAAGAACUUCUCGGACUACGAGGCCAUGGUGCACCACACGGCGAGGAUGGAGCAGCAGGAAGAGGCGACACGCCAAAGGGAGCUACAGGAAUACUUUAACCAGGCCGCUCAGACCGGAUUGAGUCUCAGGAGGUUUUAA